UAACAGAUCUACUUUUACACUACGCGCUACAGUAUAGUACAGUGUUACACUCUGUUAGUGUUAGUGUUGGUAUCACUGGUGCGGGUGUUAGGUUAGUUGUGUGCGACUCUGUUGGUAAACACUGGUUUUGGAUCCGAUCAAGAUGAGCCGUGAAGGGCUGCAAGCCCUGAUUCUGCUCAGCGCUCUAGCCCAUGCAAACUCUGCGGGAUUCUACACGGUGGUGGCCCCAAGAGUUCUGCGCCCCAACACUGAGUUCCAUGUAGCUGUGGGGACAGUGGGGGUUGGACAGCCCACCACAGUCAAGGUGGACGUCGGGGGCAAACAAGACAGCGGAGGCACCUUCCACAUCAGUCAGUUCAUCACAGUCCCUCCCUACGAGAACAGGAUUGUCAAGCUGGAUAUUGGUGACAUAGGUGCAGGUCAGUACAACAUCACUGCGCAAGGGUCAGGAGGUCUUGAGUUCUACAACUCAACCACUCUCCAGUUCAUUCACAAGAGUUACUCUGUCUUCAUUCAGACAGACAAAGCCAUUUACAAGCCUGGCAACAAGGUGUUGUUCCGAGCCGUUGUACUUGACUCUCACCUCAAGCCUAGUGUCAGUCAGCCGUUGGAUAUCCACAUCACUGAUGGCGCUGGUAACAGAGUAAAGCAAUGGCUGCAAGUGUACGUGACGAGGGGAGUCUACUCCGGAGAGUUGGAACUUUCCUCCUCUCCCGUCCUCGGAGAUUGGAACAUCUCCGUGUCCGUGGCUGGCCAGUCCUUCUCCCAGAGUUUCCAGGUGGCGGAAUACAUCCUACCCAAGUUUGAGGUCACCGUAGACGUGCCCAAACACGCCACAUUCAAAGACUCUAGAGUGGUCGCCACUGUGCGAGCCAAGUAUACUUACGGCAAACAAGUGAAAGGAGAAGCCACGAUCAGUGCUUACCCAGCCUACUUCUCCUCUGUUCUGCAGCCCAUCUUCACGGCUCCUGUGCGCAAGGUGGUGAAUAUUGACGGAAAAGCAGUGGUUGAGUUUGACAUUGUAAAGGAGUUGAGAUUGACUGAUGAGUAUGAGAGAGCCGUACAGUUUGACGUGGCUGUAGAGGAAGCUCUGACAGGCCGCAGACAGAACGCUAGUGCUCAAGUGAUGCUGCAUAAACACAAAUACAAACUGGAACUCAUCAAGACUUCAGCCUACUUCAAGCCUGGACUCAAGUACACUGCUUUUAUUAAACUGACUCAUCAUGAUGGAUCACCAGUCCAGGAUAGAACCAACCCAGUCAAGGUGAGGUGGGGUUUCUCCUACGACCAGGACAGCUACAACGAGACAGAGUACAUGCUGAACAACAGCGGCCUGAUAGAGCUCAUCUUCUACCCCCCUGUCAACAACGUCACCAACCUCGGCAUCGAGGCCCAGUACCUGGACGUCAAAGAAUGGUUUUCAACUGUAUCAGCUGCUAUGUCACCGAGCAACACGUUUAUUCAAGCCAUCGUCAAAACUGAGAAACCAAUGGUGAAUGAAGAUGUGGAGAUUGAAGUUAACUCAACAGUGCCGCUGAAGUAUGUCAGUUACCAAGUUUUGGGCCGAGGAGACGUCAUCACAGCUGCAACUGUCCCUAUCUCACGAGAGGAGACCACCACGACCUGGAGGUUCCUAGCCACGUAUGCGAUGGCUCCAGUAGCGCAUGUGAUUGUACAGUAUCUGAGAGAUGAUGGCGAAGUUGUAGCUGACGCUUUGGACAUUGAGUUAGAGGGAGUGCUGCAAAACUUUGUUGAUGUUAGAAUAAAUCCCUCGGAAACGGAACCUGGUGCGUCAGUAGAGCUGAAUCUUGAGGCCAAACCCAACUCUUACAUCGGACUGUUGGGAGUGGACCAGAGUGUGACCUUGCUCAAAACUGGCAAUGACAUUGAAUAUGAACAUGUUCUGCAAGAGAUGAGGUCGUACGAUGCCAGUGACUCGUCCCAGUUUCUGCCGCAGUUUGACAACUUGAGGCAGCGAAGGUCUCUGUUUUGGUGGCCUGGAUCACUCACUGCUCAAGAGUCAUUUGAGAAAUCUGGAGCUGUUAUAUUGACAAACGGCUACGUCUUUGAACACUUCCCAUGGCGGAGCUAUAGCGGGCGGGAAGACGGUCUGAGGGCAUACAACCGACCGGCAAACCGUCCUAUACCACUGCCCGGUUCCCCCACAUUCAAGUCUGACCUGGGCCCCGCUGUGGUGUACCGACCGGUCACCAGGCCUCCGUUGGCGGGGCCUUACGCAUUCUCCCGCAUCCCCCCACCGCAUUGGACCGGCCCCCACAUACAUCUACCGCAUGACAUUGCCAACACUUGGUUGUUUGCCAAUAUCUCUUCUGGGACCAAUGGACGAGUAGCUCUGCGAAAAACAGUUCCUGACACUAUCACAUCCUGGAUGAUUACAGCGUUCUCUGUGGAUGGACUCUAUGGUCUGGGACUGUUAGAUCGACCAAGAAAGCUGCGAGUGUUCAGACCCUUCUUCCUCUCCCUGGAUUUGCCGUACUCUGUGAUCCGAGGUGAGAUUGUUGCGAUCCCCGUGGUCGUGUUCAAUUACAUGGACAGAGACGUGGAUGCGGAGGUCACUAUGGAAAGCUCAGAUCAGUUCGCAUUUGCUGAUGACUCCAACGAUGUCAAUGACGUCCCAUCCAAGGUGCGAGACAGGUAUCGUAAGAAGCGCUUCCGGGUGAGAGCCAAUGACGGAGCUAACACAGCUUUUAUGAUCACUCCAAAGGAGAUUGGCUACAUCAGCAUCAAGGUGACAGCGACCAGCGCAGUAGCUGGUGACACUGUGGAGAGGAAACUGCUGGUCAAGCCUGAAGGAGAGACACAAUACAAGAACAAGGCUGUAUUCAUUGACUUGAGGAACAGCAAUACAUUCAACCAGAACAUCACCCUGGAUAUGCCAGCUUACAUCGUGCCUGGCAGCGAACGGAUAGAGGUUUCAGCAGUGGGAGACAUUCUUGGACCUUCCAUCCCUAACUUGGCUAACCUGAUCAAGAUGCCGUUUGGGUGCGGAGAACAGAACAUGCUAAACUUCGUCCCCAACAUUGUCAUCAUUGAAUACCUCAAGAAUACACAACAGUUGACCCAGGCUGUAGAGAACCUUGCAUUGAGAUAUUUGGAGAAAGGAUACCAGCAGGAGUUGACCUACAGACAUGAGGACGGAUCUUUCAGUGCCUUUGGAAAAAGUGAUCCUAGCGGCAGUACUUGGUUGACAGCGUUUGUGGCCAAGUCGUUCCGCCAGGCACAGCCUUACAUCUCCGUGGAGGAGCAGGUGAUCAUGGAUGCUCUGCAGUGGUUGUCUGACCAUCAGGCAGCCAACGGGAGCUUCCCUGAGGUGGGCACUGUGAGCCACAGAGCCAUGCAGGGCGGCGCAGCCAACGGUCUGGCACUCACAGCCUACACACUCACUGCCUUCCUGGAGAACACAAGAUCCACAUCCCAGUUCCGUAAUACCAUCAACAAAGCCAUUGACUACAUUGUACGCAACCUGGACGGUCUAGAGGACACUUACUCACUGGCUAUAUGCUCAUACGCUCUGCAUCUGGCUCAGCAUCCUACUGGACGUACUGCCUUCAACCUGCUGGAGACCAAGGCUGAAUCAAAAGACGACAUGAAGUGGUUCAAACAUGCAGCCAGCAGCGAGAUGGACAAGAAGAACCCUUACAUAGAUGAGCCGAACUCUCCUGAUGUGGAGAUGACUGCUUACACACUCCUAACAUACCUACAGAAGGGACUGGUACAAGAUGGGCUGCCUAUCAUGCGAUGGCUAGUGAGUCAACAGAACAACGGAGGUGGCUUUGCCUCCACACAGGACACUGUGGUGGCACUUGCGGCAUUAGCAAAACUGGCAGAACAAAUUAUCUCUCGCAACAAUGAUGUCUCGGUUCAGUUCUUCUACCGCCAAGGAGUGGCUGCAACUAUAAAUGUAAACAGGGCAAAUUCCAUGAUUCUACAAAAGCAAGAGCUGCCUAGCAAGGUGCGGGAGGUGCAGAUCAAUGCUCAGGGCUCUGGCUUUGUGAUUGCACAAAUCUCGUACCAGUACAACGUGAACGUGACGGCUCCGUGGCCUCGGUUCACUCUAGACCCUCAAGUGGACAAGAACUCUGACAAGAACCACCUUCAGCUCUCCAUCUGCUCUGGGUUUGUACCAGGACGAGAUGGCAACGAGAGCAACAUGGCUGUGAUGGAGGUUAGUCUUCCGUCUGGUUUCACAGUGGACCCGGACGCUCUACCAAGUCUGCAAAACUCCAACAGUGUCAAGCGAGUGGAGACUAAGGACGGUGACUCGGUCGUCAUGUUGUACUUUGACAAGAUGACUGUCAAAGAACUAUGUCCUACUGUGCGAGCCUACAGGACCCACAAAGUGGCCAAUCAGAAGCCAGUGCCUGUCACAGUCUACGACUACUAUGACCAAACACGACGAGCCCGUCAGUUUUAUGCGCCGAGGGUGGCAACACUGUGCGACAUUUGUGAAGGCGAGGACUGUGAGAAGGUGUGCACGAGUCGGCCGGACCUGCGUGAGGGGAAGGAGGAGAAGGGAGCUGCGGCACACACAGCUGCAGCUGUUGUAACUCUCUUCAUCUGCACAUUGCUGCACAGGUGGCUCUAGUCACACCAAAGACUUACAUUGACUGAACAUCCAUUGUACUCAAUACAGCCCUAACAUACAUCAUGUAGUAACAGUUACAGUAGACUCCCUCUAGUUGAGAAACCUCAGGACCUGACCCUUUCCGAACCAUCAGAGGUCGAAGCAGAAAUUAAUGGAUGUGUUUAAACGCACCACGUGUAACCGUACAACAUUACAAUAAUAAUAAGGGAAAAUAAAAUAAGUCAGACAGAUUUUGGAACCAUCCAAAGUGGAUACCAAAUGUAUCAGCACUAGAGUUAGUCUACUGUUCUGUCAAAAAGCCUUAGAAUGAUUUUAACUUGAAUAUCAUUAUGUUGUGCAUAUCUUUGUUGUAGAUUUAGAAUAUUUAACUAUUUUUAAAAGUAAUUGCAGUAUAAUAAAAGUAAGCAAGGAAUGCCUGAGUAAAAUGGUAGUUAAAACUAGUAGUUUAUCAUGGAAAAUUUCUCAAUACCUGAAGCGUCUUAUCAGAUUAAUGAAACAAAAUAUUUAUCCAUUUGAUUGAUUCAAAUCUAGCCAAAAAUUGAAACACGUGUAAUGUGUUCAUUGGAAUCCAUACGUAUAGGCAGGUCGAGAUCACCAUGAUUAGUUUUAUAGCAAGAAUAAUAAAAACUAAUUUUGAAAAAUCAAUUGUCUAACAACAAGUAGACACUGUUUUAGCACAUGAACAAACUGUUGAAUUAAAAGGUUUUGUUUUACACUGUUAACGUUUAUUGUUAAGUUUUAGUAAUAGCAUGUACAUAGUUAAUUUUAUUAGUUGUAGAACAACAAUAACUGUUAAAACAUUAACUUGUUAGAUGUAUCUGUAUUGUGAUUCGUUUGUGUUUUUUAUUACUUUAAAUAUUUUUACUUUAAUAUCCGCAUUCCUAAUUGAUGUUCUUAAGUAUUAAACUUUAGUUUGUAUCCUUGAUGAUUUGUUUUUAAAGUAUACAAGUUAUGUACCAAAGUAUAUAGUUAUUGGACUUUAUGAAAUAGAUGAAUCUAGUUAAUUCCCUUUUUUUAUUUUGAAGAUGCAAUUUUUUUCAAAAGCUUCUUAUGGAUCAAAUAUGAAAUGUUAACCGAUUAGUUUUGAACUAUCUAGUAAUCUGGUCUUUAAAAAUCUUGCCUUAACUUACUAAUAAUGCAAUUUUUUUUAAUAAUAAUUACUUAAUUGUUUUGUACUUGUAAGCUGUAACCCUCAAUUUGUUGAGGGAAGUGAGCUGAUCUAGAGGCAGAGCGUGGGACUUUGGUCCCAGUUUCAAAUCCCACCAAAUCACCAAUGGAUUUUAUCUAAGUUAUAAUGCCGCAAGCCCUAGGUCUAGCCUGAAGUAAUCUGAAAGACUAUCCUAGGACAAAAAAACCUUUAUUUGCUUGCUAUCCUAACUCAAACAAAAAACAUUAGUAAAAUAAUGCAACACAUUACCUGGAUUGACUUAACUGAAAAGACUGUAACAUACAAAUGCUAAUAAUAGUUUUAAGGAUUUAUCCAUGUAAAGUUAAGAUAGUAAAGAAAUAAAUCAACUAUAAUCACAUAAUAGUGUU